AUGUCACUACAACAAUUUAAAGAGGAUCAACAUAAAAAAGUGCUGAAAAAACAGAAUAUCAGUCAGACAGAUAUUGAUAUAAAUAUAAGAAAUCAAAAAACUGAAACAGUUGAUUCCUUCACAUAUCUAGGUUGCACCAUCACCAAUGAUCAACGACAAGAUACAGAAAUAUCAAUACGACUAUCAAAGGCUGCUAAAGCUUUUAAUAUGUUACGCCAUUCAGUAUGGCAUAGAAAAUCUGUUUAUAUUACAGCAAGACUUCGCAUAUUUAGAGCAUGUAUACUUCCAGUGUUAUUAUAUGGUAGUGAAACAUGGUCUCUAACAAAAAAACUAGAACAAAGUAUCGUCACCUUCUAUAACAGAUGGUUACACACGAUUAUCGGUGUAAACUUUCGUGAUCGAAUGCCAAAUGAAACAUUAUUAGAUACUACAGGACAGCCAACAAUUGAAAACAUCAUACGUAGAAACAGAUUGAGGUGGUUCGGUCAUGUGAAUCUGGCUGAGAAUCGUGAUGGUCAUCCAACAUUGGCUAAAAAAACUAUGUUUGCAUAUUUUCAUAAUGAAAAAAGGCCUUGUAAUAUGGGUAGAAGCAAUCGAUGGGAGGACAAAGUCCUAAAAGAUAUUGAAGAACUAAACAUAGAUAACUGGAGGAAGAUGACACUAGAUAUAAGUCGAUGGAGAGAAGCAAUAAAUCAAGACGUACACAUCAAACCGACACAUACAAACAUUAAAAAUAUUAUUCACGAAUAUAAACAGCGUGCAGCACGAAGAAGAAAAACAGAAGUAGCUGCAUCAACAGAAACAACAAAAGGCAAAGUAACAGAAAUAUUAGCCAAAGAAAACAAUCAAUACAAGUGUCCAGGCUGCAAGAAACACUUCAAACCACAAGGAAUCACAAAUCAUAUUAAAGCUUGUACACAAGCAACAACGUGGUGCAAAAAGAACAACAUCAAUUAUGAACACGGUGAAGAUGAUUGCAAAGCUCCUACUAGGAUUGAUCUCGGAAUAGUAUGA